CAGCAGCUGAAAAUGAUAACCGACUUGAUUAGUUUUUUAAAACGAAUUAGUAACGUGUCUGUUUGAAAGCGGUUAAAGUGAAAACGGGAGCUAACCUUUAAUAUGUGGAGGAAAGGCUCGUCUGAAGGCUCCGACCGGUUCGAAUAUUUACAAACUCUGGUGACUGAAUUUCAGGACACCGACAGUGAAGAGGCGAAGGAGCAAGUGCUGGCUAACUUGGCCAACUUUGCAUAUGAUCCAAAGAACAUGGAAUAUCUGAGGACUCUGCAAGUGACCGACCUCUUCUUGGACAUGUUGACUGAGGAGAAUGAGAACUUUGUGGAGUUUGGGAUGGGGGGGUUGUGUAACCUCAGUAUGGACCCUGAGUGCAAAGACAUCAUCCUGCAGAGCGGUGGCAUCAGCUUAGUCACCAACUGUCUGUCAAGCCGGAGGGAAGAGACCGUCCUGUCGGCCAUUACUACGCUCAUGAACCUCACAACGCCGUCGUCUCGCUCUGAGAUCACUGACCCGGCCAUCCUACAGUGCAUGCUGCGCUUCUCCCUCUCAGAGAGCCCCCGCCUGCGCAACCUGGCCACUGUGUUUCUGCAGGACUGCUGCAGCGAGGAGCAGGUGAGCAGAGCGGAGCAGCAGAUGCAGGGACAGCAGACAGCAGUCGGAAUCCCGCUGCCCCAGGACAGCUGAGGCAUUCAUGUGGGAGACUGUUGAGAUGUUUGCUCUCUGUGAGAGUGUAGGGAGGUCUUUAUAGUGUAUGGUCAUUUUUUGCCUAAAGUUUAGGGCAAUGUUUAGACAUUUUCAAUAUCUGUAUUGAUACCAAUACCUUGACUUUGAUACCAAUUCUUAACGAUACUUUUUCCAAUACCAAUUUCAUCAAAUCCGUUUUAACAAAAAGAAAAUUACCGCACACUUUAUGGUUUAAGCUCGGUCUCUUUAGACACCCAAUUACCAGCAUUAUUAGAUCUUGGUCCCAGCAUGCUGCAUGCUGAUUGGCUCACUGACGAGAUUUACUUAUUUACUCCUAAGGUUGAAAUUUGGUAUCGAAUGAUGAGGCAGUUUUCGAUCUUCGAUAGUAUCAAACCAAUUUGGUCGGCCCAUAAAAGUAUCGACGUUGGAUACCCAGCCCUAUGAAGUGUAGUGAGGUGGGAGCAGCUAUGACAAGAAUCUGGUUACAAUCUGUCAGCUGAACUGGGAGAACAUCAUAAUUCACGUGAUUCAGUGACGCCUGAUGAUCUUUGUCUUUUGUAUUUCUAACUCCCUUUUUUAAAUAUAGAUUUAACUCAGUUACCAGCUGCUAUUCUGCAUUUUCCAUCUAAGUGCAUG